AGGAAUGUCUUCAAUACUACGAAUCAAAGUCAGACGGUUUCCGUCAUGUCUCGGUUUUUAGCAAUAAAGAGGACUGUGAAAAUAAUAAUGGCUUUUGGGUUUCAUUCAGCAACUAUUUAGAAAAAUUCCCCAAGUAUCAAACGGAACAAGCAUGUAAAGCUGCAAGUUCUAGACAACGUCGACUUAUUUGGGCCAUUCCUUACCGCUCUGAAGAUAUUGAUAAAUUGAAAAUGACUGGUGAUAAUUUGGAAUCACUAAAACGUUGUUUGGUCGCACUUGAUCCACCAGAAUGCACCAAAGCUCCACAUACAAGAUCAAACCAUUUAGGAAAUGCCGAUGGUGUCGUUCCACUGCGUUACGAUUGGGCCAUUCCACAUUUCCCGUCUGGUCAUCCACAAAGAUGCGUCAUACGAAUAAG